UACGUCAUCUGAAGCCACCGGAAGACUGAGUUAUCUGUCCCCGCCCCGGCAGCUCAGUCAGUCCAACCUGAAGAGAAGGCGAGUCCACGGCUAAAAAUAUAAUAGCUAACACAAGAUGGCCGGUUUGCCUCGUAGGAUUAUAAAGGAGACACAGCGGUUGAUGGCGGAGCCUGUUCCAGGGAUCACGGCUACGCCUGAUGAAGGGAAUGCGCGUUACUUCCAUGUGUUCAUUGCGGGGCCUCAAGACUCUCCUUUUGAAGGAGGCACAUUUAAACUUGAACUAUUUCUUCCAGAAGAGUAUCCCAUGGCAGCUCCCAAAGUGCGAUUCAUGACCAAAAUCUACCACCCCAAUGUUGACAAACUGGGAAGAAUAUGUUUAGACAUUUUGAAAGAUAAGUGGUCUCCAGCCCUGCAGAUCCGUACAGUGUUGCUAUCUAUCCAGGCGUUAUUAAGUGCUCCCAAUCCAGAUGAUCCCCUGGCAAACGACGUUGCAGAGCAGUGGAAGAAAAACGAAAGCCAGGCCAUUGAGACAGCCCGAACAUGGACCAGGCUCUACGCGAACAACACUGAAGUAUAGAAGAAGAGAGACGAGGCGACUGAAUGUGAUCCACAAAAUGUACUCCUAUUCUGUCAACAUUUGAAUUUAACGGACACAAAAAAAGAGAAAAAAAAAUAAGAUUAUAAGUCCAAAUCUGUUUGAAAGAAAUGACGAGAUUUACUGCUGCAGACCUCUGGGUGACUUAUUUUCCCUCUAAGACGCGUUAAAUGUGUGUUAGUCUUUUUUUUUUCUUUCUUUUUCUUUUCUUUUUCCUGUGUUGCUAUUUAAAUGCAUGGGCAGAGAAUGACACCCUCCCCACUACAGUCUUAAAAAUAACAUGCAAUAUGGUGCCCUGAACUGGGCACAUACUGGUACGUUUGCAAAAUCUACAUUAAAGCUGCCCUUCUUUUAACACGUGCAUCAUUUGUCAACACAUCUGUAUGUCUUUUUGUGAGCGAUGACAGGGUUUGUUAUUUCACCACAUAGAGAGUACAGCUUUCUUUCCCGCCCCCACUUAUAGUAAACAGACAAAAAAAUAUCUGAAUAUGAAUGAUGAAGUUUCCCCUUUACUCUUUUCAGGGAGUGCGAUGAGUUUUUUGAGCCUGUUCAUUCAACAAAAAAAAGGUUAGUUGAACACCAACAUUUAACACUGAAUACUUAGUUGGUGGUGCAGCUGCUGUAGUUCAGCAUCAUCUCAUAGGGCACUUAAUACUGAACACAGGUAUUACAGUAUUUUCCUCACACAACAACGGUGGUCUUAUUUGUAGAAUUGGGCAUAAAAAUAAGUCAAUUUAAAGGUUUCCACACAGGAACUACAUCCUCAAACUGUUCUCCAAUCUUAUAUAAAUUAACUUCAGCUGAGGAGAGAGAGAAGGUUUCUGUAUACCUGCCAAAUCUGCAGGUAGAGAACACACAGCUAACAUUUAAAAGCAUUUGGUCCCCAGCUUGUGUCACUUUGUGGCCCCAACAGAUGUAAUUUUAACUCUUUUCAUAAUUGACAUCUUAGCAUUGGUCUUAGAUUAGAAACCUGAGCCCAACUGGAUGAGGAUUGUGUUUAAAAUAAUUCAAAAUCUGCCUGUUUAAAUGUUAAACUCUGUUUGGCAGUUGUAUGAAAUGUUGCCACAUGUUUGAAAAAAGUCCCCAGAAGCUGUGGAUGUAAUGUUUGUUUCAUCCACAGUUUUUUUUUGUUAGAUUUAAAGUCUUUACAACCUCUGUCGGACAGUUUGGGGAGGGUGAGCGAAUCACUUCCUCACACUUAAAAGAAAAGCCCAUUCCCAACACAUCCACAAAGGUAGCAGACUACAAAGAUGUGUUGGAAACGUCUUUUUCUUCUAAGCGUGUAGGAACCUGAGCUGUUUUUAUUUUAUUUUAUUUUUUUAUUUUAAGAAAGAAAAAUGUCUGUCCAUGCUUAUCUAUGUUGCCUGUUCUCUAUUUUAUUUUCAGUGUUACUUAAUUAAAACAAAAAAGGCAUGUACCAUAACCAAACUGAUAUCAGGACAGUUUGAACUGGUUUUCUUCAGGGGUGUUUGUGAGAGUCAAGGUGCUUUCUUUAAAGGGAUAGUUGAGGCUUUUUUUGAAGAUUUUGCCGUCAGUUUAAAACUCGUUUUUCAGCGUGACGUCCCUAAGUCGGUCUUAACCUGCUCUUGCUCUUUCUACGACACUGAUCUGUGAUGAUGGUGGAAGUGAAUUUAACUUAAAUCCGGAGGAAAGAUUGGCUCUUUGAUACUGAUACUACGAAUAAAAAAUACUUGAGAUUAAAGGUCUUCAUCACGCUGUUACAGAUUUUCUAUUGGCUACAAAUCAAGAGUUCCUCAAAAGCGCAUGUAUGAAAUUCUGCUUUGUCGACCUGUAGAAAAGCUUUCCAAAAAUCCUCAAACUGUCCUUUUAAAAGAUACUGUAUUAAUGGUUUAGAGGGAUCAGUGUGACUCGUCGUCCAGUAACUUAGACCCUCCAUGAUCAUAUUGCUUCUGUAUGGCUCAUCUGAGGGAGGACUGUAACGUUAUGCUGUAGUAAAACAAUUUUUGUUAAGCGUUCUCUUUUGGUUGAUCUCUUUUCUUGCUCUUUAUUGGACUAUCGCAGGCUUGAUGUUGCUUAGAUUUGUUUGUGUCCUUGUCCUCGCCCAGAAAUAUUAACUGUUUCUAACCGCUGCAUUUACUCAAGUCUGGAAAGAUGGAGCACGGCUUAAAACCGGGUUAAUUUAUUGUUUCCCUGAGGAACUUGACAGCAACCUAAAACAAGAAACAGUCACUCACUGGAAUUUAUGAAGCAUCUAGAUCAAAAUAAUAAGAGAGAUCAAACUCUGAUUAAUCAGCUCCCCAUGUGUAAAGGAAAGGAAGAGUUCUGUCGGUAAUUUCAGUACAUUUGCAUACAUGGCUCUUCAAAUACUCUGUAAAUAAACUGAGUUGAGUAAGUAA